ACAGAGCCAUAGCUGCAAUGGAGCCAUUGGAGUUGCACAGAACUGCACUGGAGCCACUUUGCAUCUUCUACAUGACUCUGGUUCAGUAUGGGAGAUUCUAUCAGUGGAUUUAAAUCAAUACAAGUGGAGUUCUAGAAUGUGCCUAUUGGAAUCUUGGAACAUUCUUACUGUGCAAAGUAGAAUACUGAGGUAGAACACUCAAUCAGUUUGACCUGGCUACACCAGAGAUAACACUGAGAGAGCUUUCUGCUGGCAAUUUGAUACCUUUGGUACCUUUAGACCAAGCUGAGGCCAAUUUCAGUUGCUGAAGAUGGAGGAGAGGGGAGAGCACGGUUGCUUCAUGGAAGCCAUAAGAGUCUGCUUAGCCACCAUUCGAGACCGGAUCAGACAAAGGAGAACAAGACAGAGGACCAAAAACGAUAGGAUCAGUCGAAACUCGGCCAUGGAGAAAGGGAGAAAAGGGAAGAAGUCACCGGUACUGAAUUCUGGGAUGAACACCAAAGUGUAUAAGCCAAAGCACGCGGCUAAAGUCACACCUGCUAACAUGGACACUGCUCAGGGAAGGAGGCAGGAGGAAGAUGGAGCUCCUGGAAAACUCCAGGACAGAAUGAAGGCUUCCCUGCAGGCUUUUCAAGAGCAGCGCAAGCCAUACUGGGUGUUCCAGAGAGAAUGGAGAGAAAAAACCCUGGAUCAAACUAACAGGGUGGACUCUAAGGCCAGAGAGGAUCUCCAGCCUGGAGAACCAGCUAGUGAGAACGCAAACAUCGAGGACACUGAGGCUGGAGAGGAUCUUCAGCCUGACGAACAAGCAAGCUGGGUUGUUGCUAAUGGCGAGAUGUGGCAGAAAAUGGCCCAAGAUGGUCCUGUUGUCUGCAACAUUCCCAUCAUGAACUCUGACCAGGGCUCCAGUUACCCUGUCCCAGCUGAAAGGUCCCUUGACACCCAAGCCGGAGAGGAUGUUCAGCCUGAUGAACCAGCAAACUGGGUUGUGGCUAAUGCUCAGAUGUGGCAGAAAAUGGCCCAAGAUGGCCCUGUCAUCUACACAAUGCCCUUCAUGAACUUUGAAGGGCUCCUUGUCACUCAGGCUGGAGAGGAGCUUCAGGCUGAUGAACAAGAUUUUUACCCUGAUGAACCAGCAAGCUGGGUUGUGGCUAAUGGCCAGAUAUGUGGCAGAACAUGGCCCAACAAGAUGGUCCUGUUGUCUGAAAAAUGCCCAUCAUGUACUAGGAUCCUGGAAGAAGGCCCUUCCAAAUCUAUAUAGGACUCCAUCCUAAAUUACUGUGGACAGCCAAGAAAUGGUUCAGCUAGUCAGCUACUAUUCUUAAACUGUUCAGCUGCCCUUCAACUGAGCAUUUCAUUGGUAUUCUACA